AUGACAGUUACAGAAAUAGAAAAAGAUCUUAAGGUCAAUAAUAAUGAUCAAAAAUCUGAAGAAAAUGUAGAAUAUUUGGAACCUGAAAAGCCAAAGUUCUCUUGGAGAGUUGUUGAUAAUCAUUCACCUCCAGAAAUUUAUAACUGGACUUUAUAUAUGAGUAUCUUUGUUUUCGGAAUCUUGGGUGCUGCUAGAGGUUUAGAUGAAGCUAAUUCUGCUGGUAUUGCUGUUCAAAAAUCAUUCAGAGAUCAGUUUGGUUUAAAUGAUCCUAACAAAUCAGUUCAUGAAAUAGCUGACUUGAAGUCGAAUAUCACCGCUAUGGUCCAAUUGGGAAGUAUUGGUGGGGCCGUGAUUGCCAGUUUCUUAGUUGAUUGGGUUGGUAGAGUCAGAAGUAUGCAAAUUGUUUGUGUAUGUUGGAUCGUAGCUGUUAUUAUUCAAAUUACUAGUAGAACUUUAGGUCAAUUAUAUGUCGGUAGAUUGUUAGAAGGUUUAUUGGCUAUUGGUUUAACCACCACCAUUGGUCCUACCUAUAUUUCCGAAGUUACACCAAAAGCUAUCAGAGGUAUGGCUGGUUGUAUCUUUGCUGGUGCAGUUUAUUUAGGUAUUAUGUUGAGUUACUUUGCCCAUUAUGGUACUGCCGUUCACAUUUCUCAAGAUUCAAACACUCAAUGGAUCAUUCCAAAUACUUUAAAAAUUGUGUUUGCUGGUCUUAUAUUCAUUUUAUCCAUCUUUUUCUGUGUUGAAAGUCCAAGAUGGUAUAUCAAGGUUGGUAAAAAUGAAACUGCUGUUAAGGCUUUGAGUAAAUUAAGACAUUUACCUGAAACCCAUCCAUUCUUAAUUGGGGAAAUCACCGAUAUCACUGAACAAGUCGAAUUUGAAAAAAGAGCAAAAGAAGGUAACACUUUAUGGGGACUUACAUUACAAUUAGUUAGAACCAAAUCCAUGCGUUACAGAUUUUUCAUGUUAUCAGCUAUGAUCCACGUUUUAGGUCAAUGGUCAGGUGCUAAUUCUGUUACUAUUUAUGCUCCAGAAUUAUUUGGUUUAUCAGGUAUUAAAGGGGUUGAAACUUUGAAAAUGACUGCUGUUUUGGGUGUCGUUAAAUUCAUUGGUGCUUAUAUCUCAGCCUUCUUUAUCAUUGAUUUCUUAGGAAGAAGAAAAGCCCUUUAUAUUGGUAUCUCUCUCCAAAUGAUGGCCCUUUUGUUCUUCGCUUUGUUCUUGUUAUUAGUUCCAGAAGCUGCACAUGAAGGUGAACAAGCUUCAGAUUUAUCACCAUCUCAAUUACAUGCUUCUAAAGCUGCUAUGGCAGCCAUUUACAUUUCUGGUCUUGGUUGGGUUACUGGUUUUAACUCAAUGCAAUAUUUAAUCGGUUCAGAAAUUUUCCCUAUUAAUAUGAGAUCCUUUGCUCAAUCCAUUACUAUGGUUGUUCAUUUUGCUAAUCAAUACGGUAAUUCUAAAGCCCUUCCAAAGAUGUUAUUAACUUUACAACCUUAUGGAACGUUUUUCUUCUUCGUAGGAGUUAAUUUCCUUGCUUUGACAUGGGCCUGGUUCUGUAUUCCUGAAGUCAGUGGUAGAUCUUUGGAAAGUAUGGAAGAAUUAUUCAACUUACCAUGGUAUCUCAUUGGUAGAAGAGGUCAUAUCUUAUGUCCAGAUCAUUCAGAGGUUAACAAAAUCGAUUACUCUAAAGGAAAAUUCAGAUAUUUGGACAAACCUGAAACUGAAAUGCACGAAAACGCUUCUAAAGCAAGUGAUGAUAAGGAAGAUGAUUAA